GAUUGGCUGCCGCUCCAAUAACAUUCCGAGCUCGUCUUGAUUUUCGCCGUUUAAGCGACGCGGCGGUGCUCCGAGCGAGAAAAAAAAAUCUGGUCGUCGAGGUACUUUCCUCCCCUCCCACGCGCUCUUCGCUCGUCUUCCUCCGUCGCCGCGGACUCCAGAAACCCAGGGAGGAGAAUGGGUCGUCUCUUGGUAUUCCUGGGGCUCUCCGUCGCCUUGGCGAACUGCUUCCCCGGAGAGGAGCCCGAAAACGGGAAGAACUGGGUUGUGAUCGUGGCCGGCUCGUCUUCCUGGUACAACUACAGACAUCAGGCGGACGCGUGCCACGCCUACCAGAUCGUGCACCAGAACGGCAUCCCGGACGAGCAAAUCGUGGUCAUGAUGAUGGACGACUUGGCGCACGCAGACGAGAACCCAACACCCGGCAUCCUGAUCAACAGGCCCAACGGCAGCGACGUGUACAAGGGCGUCCCCAAGGACUACACUUCUCAAGACGUCACUCCGGAAAACUUCCUGGCCGUGCUGAAAGGCGACGCCUCCAAAGUGAAAGGAGGCUCCCGGAAAGUGUUGAAGAGCGGCCCCAACGAUCACAUCUUUGUGUACUUCACUGACCACGGAGCGCCCGGAAUUCUGGCCUUCCCUGCUGAAGAGCUGCACGUCAAAGACCUCCAGGAGACUAUCAAGUACAUGCACGACAAUAAGAAGUACAAGAAGAUGGUGUUCUACAUCGAAGCAUGCGAAUCGGGAUCGAUGAUGAGAGAUCUGCCUGACGACAUUGACGUUUACGCCACCACGGCCGCCAACUCCCACGAGUCGUCGUACGCCUGCUACUAUGAUUCGGAACGCGACACCUACCUGGGAGACUGGUACAGCGUCAAUUGGAUGGAAGACUCCGACGCGGAGGACCUGUCCAAAGAAACGCUGUUGAAACAAUUCCGCAUCGUUAAGAGUCACACCAACACCAGCCACGUGCAGCAGUUUGGAAACAAAACUCUGGCCCACAUGAAGGUGGCGGCCUUCCAGGGGACGCGCAAGGGCGGCGCCGCCGGGGGCGACCGCUCGCCUCCCGUCGCCGAUCCGGACCUGACGCCCAGUCCCGACGUUCCGCUGGCCAUCCUCAAGAGGAAGCUGAUGGCCUCCAACGACGUCGGCGCGGCCCGAGGCUUCCUGUCCGAAAUAGAUGCGCACUUCAAGGUCAGGGAGAUGCUGGCGGCGACCAUGCACCGGAUCGCCGAGAGGGUGACCGGUCGCAGUUCCGAGGCCGACGAGGUGGUCAACGAAAGGCGGGACCUGACCCGCCACGAGUGCUACCGGACCGCCGUGGACCACUACAAACACAACUGCUUCAACUGGAACAAACCCAAGUACGAGUACGCACUGAGGCACUUGUACGCUCUCGUCAACCUGUGUGAGAGAGGCCACUCCGCCGACAGAAUCCAGAUGGCCAUGGACUCCGUGUGCCACUUCAGCAAGUGAACAAAAAAAAAACCAAAACAAAACCCUCACAAUAUGAAAGCUCCUUUUAUUUUUAUUAACACCUUUUAAUAUGUCUCUGAAUGUGUAUGUUUGAUUUUUAAGAUGACUUGCACUUUUGAAAAGUUUCUGAAUUAUUAUUAUUUUGAUUGUGUGGUUUUAAGCAGUUUGUUUUUUUUCAUCCAUGUAAAUGGAUUUUGCUAUCAGCUUUAUUGAUGUGACGCUGAUGAAUGUCUGAAGUUGCAAUAAAAAAUAUUUAAAAAAAAAAGUGAAAAAA